CACUUUAACGCCGGCACCAUGGUAGGACGCGAUGGAUGCCGCCUCUCGUAGCUGCGGGUGCCUCCAUGCACAGGCCAGAAACCACAUGUUGCAUGUUGCAUGUUGCAUGUUGCAUGUUGCAUGUUGCAUGUUGCAUGUUGCAUGUUGCAUGUUGCAUGUCGUGUGUUGCACAUCGCACGUUGCAUGCUGACUGACCGAUUGAUGUUGAUCGCUCGACAGAGGACCAAGCCCACGAGACGAUGGCUCUGCGCAACGCUGGUUAUCCUCUUCUUUCUCCUGUACGGAACAACGCGAGUUUCCCACGAGGACGGAUCGGCGACCAGCGGCGAGACUGCAGCCCCGCCCCAGGAAGCGACAGUUCAGGAGAGGGAAACAAAGCCAAAGUUUCGCGAUGCAAUCUUUCCCCCGCCCAUCGACGUGAGCAAACCUCUCAAUCUCAUGGAUCUGGCCGCACCCGACGCGGGUGCAGCCGACAUGGCCGACUUCGGGGCCGCGGCUUCCGUGGAGCAGUAUCCGGGUGCUCAGGAACGUUCACCCUCUGCCGAUAGCGCCGACGGAUCCGGGCACGACUCGCGGGAUCGUUGGCCUGGAGAUGGCGGCCUGGACACCCAGAGAGCCUCCGAGACCCGCUCGGAUGCAGAGAGGGAUGUGACUGCUCAUGACGACCGUGAUGAACCAUCGAUUGGUCACCAAGACUAUGAGGGUGAUGAUUCGGUGCUCGGUCCAGCUCUCACCGGCCCUGACUCGGACCCAGUCGAAAGCAGCAGGCCAAGGUAUCGCUUCAGUGGCAUCCAGGCUACCGUCAUUCAGCCUGUUGACGACCACGCAGAAGUCGUCAAAGCACCGGCCACCGAGUUCACACAUCAUCUGGAUAAGGACACGAUCUCCGACAACAGAGACGAUACCAAAGUCGGCGAGCAAGUGGCCAUUUCCGGCCCAGGAACGAGCCCCAAGGCCAGCAUCUACAGUCAGUGGACCAAUGGACAAGUCGGCGAGGGUGUUGCUGGGAAAUCUGCCGUAUCUGACGAGCCUGGCAGCAUCCCAGAAAGCAAGGGUGCAAAUAUCGACAGUGUUCACGAAGACAAGCCGCAAAAUCAAGAGCCGGACAGAGCCCGGGACCAAAUCGGCCAGGAGCCCGGCAACGUACACCUCCAGGACAACCUGUCGCUUGUAUCAAGUGACUCUGGAAAGAAGGUUCCGCUUGGUGUCGAGGAAGCGUUGGAGUCGACUCAAGAGCAACCUCUAGUUGAUGAACAGCUGGGCACAAGACAACUCAUAGAGGCCAUGAAGGCCAAAGGAGACCCGAUGUUGGAUGAACAUGAACACCAAAGAGCCUCUGUUAACUCCAAAUCUUCUCUGGCGGAAGCUUGGGGGCCAAGCUCAGCCUCAGAGGAGGCCGAUAGAAUCUCAGGCCCGAAAGGUAAUAUCCACACACAAAAGUUGAGUAGCAUCGACCGGAGCGAAAUCGACGAAAAAAGGCAAAUCAUCAACCAGAAACAGAAGCAGAAGCAAAAUCAGCAACAACCCAUAGAGGCGCUAGUCGAGAAUGGCGCUCGAAAUUCAAAGGGCCCACUCAUCGCCACCGACGAUACUCUGCAGCAUUCGAGCAUUAAGAAAGUUAUCAAGGAUAGCGGAAAGCGAACAGAAGGCAGCCAACCAGCAAAUGCCAUCGCGAGUGAAGGUCAUGCGACGGCUAAGAGACCCGGCUUGGAAGUAGGAAAAGGAGACAAAGUACAGAGCGAGCAAGAGGAAAAGUCCCACAAGCAUACCUCGGACAAAUCCACAAACACGGCUUGGUCAAAGGUCGACGCCAACAGCAAAAAAUAUGCAGAUAAAGCCAUAACUGCGGCUGGGAGCAAGCAAGAAGAUGUUCAAGCCGAACAGCGGGAAGGGCCCUCCGGCUCGACUCCCGAUACCGAUUCAAGUUUGCUCAAGCAAGGGUGGCUGCACGGUAUGGAUCUUUCCGCAGUCCAAGAGGACUCGGAAAGCUCCAGGGCCAAAAGUGAAAAUACCAUCUCUGACAAAGGCGGCGACACGGCACUCUCCCAUAUUCAGCAAGAUAUGGCUGGCAUAUCUGAGCCGUUUUUCCAAGAUGGAGCUGAUACGGAUCCUCCAAAGGCCAUUGGCACGACCCCUGAUGCACAUGGGCGCUAUCAACCCAAGAACGCAGAAUCGAUUGUCGUAUUUGGUGUUGAGGAUACAGCCGUCUCGGUCGCAGAUGAGGAUGGCUCGGACUUCCUCGCGGCCACACAACAACAGUCGGAAACAGAGGGCGAGGAAACUGUCGACGACGAGCUUGAGACAUCAGCGCCUGACGACAGAGAUGACCCUAUAUCAAACAAAGACCCUAAGCGCAGCAAAGAAUCUCGCGAGGAUACCGAUACCGAUUUCCUGGACAAAAUGACCUCCAAAUAUUCGAACAGCAUCGGUCAACGAGAUGACAAGAUCGACAUCCCUCCCUUCGCCGAAACGGAGUCAAAGAUGAAAGAAAUCAACAGGGCCGACAGGAAAAUGAAAACCCAGGGCGAUGCGGUCGACAAGAAGGUGCCGCCGAUGACCCCAGCCGAUAAGCAGCAGCUCCUGUCCGAUCUCAAAGGCACAAUGCCGAGCAGUAUGAUUGAUAAGAUAUCGAAAAUCAUCGAUAACAACCAAAAGGCCCAGCAGGAGGAUAAACUGGAUACUUCAGGUGAAUAUUGGGGGUACUUUUUAGCAAUAGCACGUGUGAAUUCGGGCUGGUGGUCUAAUCGAGAGAGGAACUUUCUUAUGGGUACAGUGGCGCUCGAUAGCACCGGCAAAGUUCGCACGCAAAGGGAGGAGGAUGAUAUCGAGGGAAGCUCUUCUACUGAGCACCACAAGCAGAGUCGUGACCAGACCCGCAUCACCACCCAACCAAGACGAGACAGCGGGGGAAACAGCGACCAGGGUCAAUUCGAUACACCCAUCAACCGUGACGACGCUUAGGGAGCGAGAGUUCGGAUUGAAUACAUGCAAACUGCAAAAUGUGGGAGUAAAGGCUCCGGAUGCGUCGGCAAACAAACAGUGCUGGUACAUGAAAUUCGAAUCUUGGGCGGCGGCCACGCAGAGAUCACGCUCGUUGGUGGGAAUACAUGCACAUCCAUCAUUCACACUGAUGACCCGUCCGUGGAGGCUGGGCAAGGAUUAUGCUUCCAAGCGACUCGCUCGACUCGAGUAUCCUGACGUCGAGUAGCGACCCUCAGUUCAGGAGGUCGGUUUUGCGAGUGGCGAUCGAUUUGUACACAGUGGCUCUGCUCCUCGAUUAAA